ACAGUGUUGGAGCCCUGUUUGAGGAGGCAGCAGCACAUAACAUACAGAUUGACAUGCAAGCUAAAAUGAGGGAAGAUCCUCUCUUUGCCAUAAGAAAAAAAGAAGAGGAACAGAGGAAAAGAAUUAUUGAAAAUCCUGUCAAGAUGAAACAAUUGCAAAAGAUGGUUGAAUCCCAAAAGAAAGAUAAAAAGAAGAAAAAGAAAGAAAAGAAAAAGAAAAAACACAAGUCCAGAUCUGGCUCAGACACAAGUGCAAGUGAUGAUGACUUAGUCUCAACUUACUUAGACAUUUUAAAUCGCAAGGAAAAAAUUAAAAGUGACAACAGACAUAAAAAUGAUAGUAAGGACAAAAGAAAACCUCAGCAUGAAGGUGGUCCUAAAGUUAGUGAACAGAGAAAAAAACAUUCAGAAGAGGAUACAAGGCAACGUCACAGAGACGGCUAUAGCAGUGAAGAAGAAAUGUCCGGAAGAAGGAAGAACUAUGGACUCUUUAAAGGCAGACACAAAUCACCUGAUAAAGAAAGACAUAAAAAAGAACUGCAGUCAAGAAAAGACCGAAAAUCAAGGUCUAGGUCACCAGUGAGAACAUCUGGGAGAUCACCAAAGAGAAAAAGGUCAAGGUCCCCUGUUAGGAGAGAAAGAUCAAGGAGCAGAUCACCUGUUAGGAAAGGAAAACCACGAUCACCAGAAAAGAGAGAGGCACCAAGAAAAAAACUUAGUUCAGAUGAAUUACAACGCAGACGCCAGGAAAUGAUGGAAAAUGCACAAUGGCGUGAAGAACAAAGGAGCAAAAAUGUGAAACGCUACAGGGAAGAAGAAAAGAAAGAAGAAGAAACCAGGAUCAAGCAUGGCGAUGGGGAUAAUUUUCUCAACCCCAUGAUGACUAAACAUGCUGAGCAGAGUUCUGUUGAAGACAGGCUAAAGAGAAACAGAUACAACAUCCAGAGAACAAGGGCUGACCUUGAUAAAGAUUUCACAAAGCAGUGACUGGAAUGAAGAGCUUUAUAAGCUGCUAAAUACAUACUUGGAAUUAUCAAAGGAUUGGUCAACUUUUUGGAAAGAAGACACCAACAGUGUUCAUAAAUACAGACUGAUACUAAUGACGACUUAAUAAGUGAUUGUUGGUAUUUGAAUGUGAAUCCUGAAUUAAUGAGUUGAUUUUUCUCUGUUGUUGGGUCAUCAGCAUUCUACUACUUAUAAAAAAAAUCACACUUUACAGGCUGGGAUACUCAUUUUGAAUGAAAAUAAAGUGGAUUUUGUGAUAUAUAUAUAUUUUGAGUAGUAUACAGGUCCAUAUUGAAUGUCUUACACAUCAACUAUAUAGUUGUUGAAAGAAAAUAGAAAUUUGAGUUACUGUAUGAAAGAUGGUAAUGGAUUUUGAUUGGGACCACCAAAAUUCAGAUGAUCUAGAAAACCUCUGGAUAAUCUAAUGAAUGAGUGAAGUGGUUGAAUGAAAAUGGUGAAGUUGAGAGAGAAAGGGAAUUUAAGUAUUAAAAAGGAGUUCAGAAUUCCAUUUCAUAGAAUAUAUUUUGUGCCCAUAGUAUGCUUUCUUAUUUUGACUCAUUUCUCUCUGUUUCUUUAUAUAAUUUAUUUUCUAAUUUUAACUUUAGUGUAAAGUUUUGUAAAUUCAAAGUUUUUAUAUGUGCUGCUGUUUAGAAAUCUGUAUCUACUGUUCCAGGCAUUGUCAACUUGUCAAAUAAUGGCAGCAGAACAAUAAUGUUAAAGAAAAAUUUAGUUAUUAUAUUUUUAAUAAAUAGCAUGUGGACAACUGCAGCAAGCCCUCCUGGCUUUCGUCUAUUACAGUUAUGUUUUAUAAAUUCGAAGUUUUUGUAUGUGCUGAUGACUAGAAAUGGGUAUUUACUGUUCCAGUCGUCAACUUGUGAAAUAAUGUUGUCGCAGCAGAACAAUCAUAUUAAAGAAAGGGUUUAUUUUAUUUAUUUUAUUUUAAAUAAAUUACAUGUUGACAACCGCAGCAAGCCCUCCCGUCUUUCAUUUAUUACAGUAAAUUUCCUACGUCAAUUUAAGAAAAAACGGCAUUUCGGGCAAGAAGAAAACGGCAACACAUGACAGGUAUUUCGCUCUAUAUAUAAUUGUCUUUUUUAUCCUUCUCAAAUUGUCAUUUAAAAUACCCCGGGCAAUAUUCUGUCACUCGGUAAGAGAUUUUAAAAUGAAAUGCCUAAUGAAAGAAUAAAUGUUUGUUAUUUUCAUCA